AUGGCGUCCACCGCGUCAGAUUUUCAAAAGCUCAUAUCCGAUGCGCGGGAACGGAAGAAGAACUCAGCUCUUGCCGAUAGAAUCUUCAAUCGCGGUCGCCGUCAAAGUGCGCCGUCAAAACUCAAGCCCACGCCCGGCGGUUCCCUUGCGAGCCGCGUCGGAGUGAAGAAGCAACGCAGCCCUGCUGCUGCUGCUGCUGCUGCUUCCAAUGCCCGCAGAGUCAGUUUGCCUGCUGGCAACGUCAACGGCGAAUGGACACACGACCUCCACGACUCUGUCAACCGCGUACCAGCCAAAGCGGGCUCCCUGAGCUCCCGCAUCACUGUCCCCGGCUCCAAGAACGGCAAUACCGCCAGCAAGAGAGCCGCCAGUCGCAAGGCCAAGCUUGCCGCUGCUGUUGACAAGAUGGACACCGACCAAGUCAACGUCGUCACUCCCUCAACCCAAGCCACGACCGGCAUGGGCCUCACCAUCCGCGGUCUCGCCGGUCCGUAUGCUCUCCUGGGCCAGAAUUUUGCUCCCGGGACCACUGCAGCUGAUAUCGAGAGUGCCAUGACGCCUGUGGGCGGCGAAAUGGUCAGCUGUAAGAUUGUCAAGACGAAGCCUUUUCUAAUUGCCGAGAUGGUGUUUGUUUCCCGAGAAGGCGGCGAGAGGGUCAUUGAGACGUUCAACAAUAAAACAGCCGACGGAAGAGUCAUUCAAAUCUACCCCAAGGUCGGCGGUCAUCAGGCCUCUGCCACAACCAACGGACCACCCGCCAACGCACCCAGCGGACCGAAAUCGUCAAAGGCGUCAACACGAGAUCAGGUGGUAGAUGGAUCCAUGGGCUUCCCCGAUCCCAUGGACACAAAUGGCAGCACCAAUUGGGCGGGGAACAACCGACUUUACAGCGACAGAAUGGUGACCGGUAACAAGAAGGGCAGGGGGCUCCCAAGAGGCAGAGGGCGGUAG